AUGUCUCAUUAUAAUGUCAAGAUCAGGGUGACUGGUAUGACUUGUGGGCACUGUGUCAAUACCAUUACCAAAGCCCUUGAAUCUUAUCCUGGUGUUUAUUCAUCAACUAUUAAUGUCAGCUUAGAUGAUGCUGAAGCAAUGUUUGACUAUGACAAUGCCGAAAACAAGACCGAUAAAGAAUUGCAACAUUCCUUUAAAGAACUUGUUGAAGACUUAGGCUAUGAUGCUGAUACUCCAGAACUCUUUAACAAAGCCAAAGAUACUCUCAAGGUUCAAGAAGUUCAACCAAGAAAAGUCAUCAUUUCUAUAGCUGGUAUGACUUGCUCACAUUGUACCAAUACCAUCCAGAAAGCAUUACAAGCACUCCCUUCUGUCCGCCCAGCAUCCGUAGAGGUCUCAUUAGACAAGGAACAAGCCACCAUGGAAUGUGAAUAUGCUAGCAUGACAAAAGAACAGAUUCAGGAAACCAUUGAGAAUCUAGGUUAUGAUGUUGGUCAUAUUUUAUUUGAUACAGACGAUACAUCUACUGAAAUAAACAAUGGCAUGAAGCAUGUGGUGUUUUCUAUUUCAGGCAUGACAUGUCAGCAUUGCAUUCAGACUGUUUCCAAUGCUCUAGAAGGCUUACCUGGUGUUCUUCCUGGUUCUGUUGAUGUGAACUUAGAGAGACGACAAGCUGCAUUUUCAUUCGAAGGCAGCAUGAUUGAUACGCAAAUAAUAAGAAAGCUAAUUGAAGAUCUUGGCUAUGAUCUGAAUGGGAAACCAGAAAUCAAGAAAGGUACCUAUCAAGAACUAUCUAAAUCAUUCACCAGUCAAUUAUCUAUACCCAUGGAUGAAGAAUUGCCUAUGCUUCAAGAAGAUGAUGAUGAUGGAAAACAACGUAAAGUAGUGAUGCGUGUCUUAGGUAUGACAUGUCAUUCCUGUGUUGCUUCCGUCACAGACGCUCUUCAAAACGAAAUUCCUCAUGUUCAAGCGGGCUCUGUUCAUGUCAAUUUGCAGACAGAGAUGGCCAUGUUUAUCUGCACACGUCCUGACGUAGACUUGAUUCAUACUGUGAUUGAAGAAAGAGGAUUUGAUGUUGAAAACGUUCAAAUCAUUCGUAACUUGGCACCACCUGCUGUGCUUUUGUCUCGUCAACAGCGUCAAAACUCAAUCGUCUCGCUUGCUUCUGUUGAAAGCCAAACAGUAUCUAUACCUCAUAAAGUCAAAUUUCAAAUCUCGGGCAUGACUUGUGCUAGUUGUGUACGUACUAUUGAACUAGGCCUCAAGAAACUGCCUGGUGUAAAUCCUUCUUCUGUUCAAGUGAACUUGUUAACCCAUAUAGGUACAUUCUCUUUUUAUGGCGCAACACUUGAUGAAAAGAUGCUCAUUCAAGCUGUCAAAAAGAUGGGCUACACGGCAGGAAAUGUAGUGUUUAUCUCUGAUUAUCAGCCAACAGAAAACACAACUGCCAAGAGCACGGUCUAUAGAGCGGACAUGCUGAUCACCGGCAUGUACUGCCCUAAUUGUAUUGAGAAGGUGUAUCAUACAUUGACUAAAUUGCAUGGGAUUCGCAGCAAGUCAAUUCAAUCAGAUCUUGAUACAGGUCGAACCAGCUUCGAAUACAUAGGCGAAUUUAUCACUCGUCAAAGAAUUCAUCAAACUAUUUUGCAACUGGGUUUCAACGCAGAAAGCAUUAAGAUCAAUAAAAUAACAACACAAGACAAUGAUGACACAGCCAGUAUAUCAAGUCAUAAGAGCCAUCGUUUUGCAUCAACUCAUUUAGUGGUUACGGGUAUGACAUGUUCUUCUUGUGUUGCUAAUAUUGAACGCACCAUGAUGAAGCAAGCCGGUGUUAUUAGCUGCCAAGUCAAUUUGCUUGCAAAAUCUGCUGUGAUUCGGCAUGAUCCUAGUGUGGUUGGUGCUCGCUCUCUAGCUCAAAUGAUAGAACAAAUUGGUUACAAAGCAGAGCUUUCUCAAGAAGCACAAGGCGUUACUAUUUCUGAGCAGAGGGAGUCCUUGCGUGCUUCUAUGGAUAAAGAAUUAAGUGUACUUAGGACAAGGUUUUUGUGGUCGCUUUUAUUCGCUGUUCCUGUCGUGCUUAUAUCCAUGAUCUUUAUGAUGGCCUUAUCAACAUCACAUCCAAUUCACAAAGCUUUCAUGAAGGAAGUUGUGCAUGGUCUAUCAAUUGGCGAUCUAAUCCUAUUCUUGUUGGCUACGCCAGUCCAAUUCUGGCUUGGUAUGCCUUUUUACAUCAAAGCUUACAAGUCUUUGGUAUAUACGCGUACGGCUAACAUGGAAACGUUAGUGGCUAUGGGCACCACUGUUGCUUAUUUCGCUUCUGUCGCUUCUGUGAUCGCUGCCAUGGUUCGAAAAACGGCUGGAGCUAUGAGUCUAAACUAUUUUGAAACUUCUGUGUUAUUGAUUACAUUUAUUCAUUUUGGUAAAUGGCUAGAGGCUUUGGCCAAGGGCAAAACAGCUGAAACAAUCACCAAGUUGAUGGAUCUGCAGCCAGAAAAAGCAAUACUGAUUGAAAUUUCUCAAAAGAAUACAGAUACUUCUCCCGAAAUAAUUUCAGAAAAGGAAAUCGAUUCUAAAGAUAUUCAAGUGGGUGAUAUCAUCAAAAUAAACGCUGGUGGACGUAUUCCUUGUGAUGGAAAAGUCUGGAGAGGUUCUUCAGCUGCUGAUGAAUCCAUGAUUACAGGUGAAUCUGUCCCGGUAACCAAAAAAGAAGGCGACAAUGUAAUAACAGCCACAAUUAACACGAGUGCGCCUAUUUAUAUCCGUGCUAUUCGUGUGGGAUCCGAUACAACACUUUCUCGUAUUAUUCAGCUUGUACAAGACGCUCAAGCCUCUCCCAAGGCACCUAUUGAACAAUUAGCAGAUAAUAUCUCUAGUGUGUUUGUACCCGUAGUAAUCCUACUAGCAUUAAUUACCUUUAUUGUUUGGGAAGUAAUGAGUAUCAAAGACUUGUACCCUGAUACAUGGGUACCUAUGGGUGAAAGUAAAAGUAUUUUUUCUUUAAUGCUUGCUGUCACUGUACUUGUGAUUGCUUGUCCUUGCGGUUUAGGUCUCGCUAGCCCGACAGCUGUCAUGGUGGGCACUGGUGUUGCUGCUAAAUAUGGUGUGCUUGUCAAAGGUGGUGGGUAUGCUCUUGAAAUGGCCAAUCGAAUCACUACUGUUGCAUUUGAUAAGACAGGUACUUUGACUAUGGGAAAGCCUCUUGUGACACAUGCCUGGAUUGAUCAAACAAGUCAGCAACAAGCAAAAGAAAAUAACACCAGUCAACGAAUUGCUAUCUGGAAAAUUUUAGGUUCUGUUGGGUCCGCAAGUAACCAUCCACUCUCUAAAUCUAUCGAGAAAAAAGCACGUUUUGUCAUUCAAACACUAUUGGGAGAUCCUCAUGUAUCUGAUACUGAGCUGAUUACCAAUAAUACGGAUGCCUUGGAGCAAGAAGACGAAGAAACCUAUUCUAAACAAAAUGCCCAACUUUUCGAAGGUGUAACCAUCAAGAAUGCUCAAGAAAUUCCUGGCCGUGGUUUGUUGGCAACCAUCACGUUGACUCCAGAGCUUUCUGAAAACCUGACGGGUAAACUCAAGCAUGUGCGUGCAUUAAAUAUAUUUUUGGGUAAUCAGGAAUGGAUGGACGAAAACCAUGCUCGCUAUAAACAUUCACGUCAAGCCAAAGCAUGUCAUAAUUUAUUGACGGAUUGGCAAAACCUUGGUCAAUCCAUUGUUCUAGUAGCAGCUUCGCCCAUUACCAGCGACAAAGAACUCUCUGCUUCUGACAACCAUCAAGAUGGUUGCAAAGACGCAUGUGCUUGUGAUGUCUGUAAUUGUGCUACCAACUCCCUUUGUUGUAGUGCUUCUCAGACCAUGAUGGUUGCUCAACUAGCUAUUGCGGAUAUUCCUCGUCCUGAAGCCACACAACUCAUUAGCGAGCUACGUGAGCGAGGCGUUGAAGUAUGGAUGGUUACGGGUGAUAACGAACGUACUGGCCGCGUCAUUGGCAAACAAUUGGGUAUUCCUUCAGAUUAUGUAUUGGCAGGCGUAAAACCCGAACAAAAGGCAGAUAAAAUCCGAAACCUUCAAAUACGAGGCAUUCGACCAAACGAUACUCUUCAUGGAACUUACCGAUUUAGCAAGCAUUACAAAAAAAGCCAGAAACAUAAAAAUGCAGUCGUCGCCAUGGUUGGUGAUGGUAUCAAUGAUUCUCCUGCUCUUGCACAAGCAGAUGUGGGUAUUUCUGUUGGCUCUGCCACAGAUAUUGCUAUUGAAGCUGCAAGUAUUGUUCUUAUCAGAAGUAACUUGAUGGACUUGUUGACAAUGUAUGAUCUCUCUCGAACUGUUGUUCGACGUAUUCGAUUUAACUUUUUAUGGGCUUUUCUCUAUAAUGCUAUUGCCAUUCCUAUAGCUGCUGGUGUUUUGUACCCUGCUACAGGUGCAGGAUUACCUCCUUAUAUUGCCGGAAUUGCCAUGGUUGCGUCUAGCGUUAGUGUGGUCUGUUCCAGUUUACUAUUGCGCUUAUACAAGGCUCCUAAAGUAGUUGAAGAUUCACAUCGUAUUAAACUAUAG